AUGAGCCGUGCACGAAGUCGCGAGCGCAGAACCCAGAGGGAGUCGGAAUGGAAACGUAUCGGCGAACGAGCGAGAGAGCGCAUCCCCGAACUGGUUCAGUCGAAUCGCAUAAGAGAGCUGUGCGUGGAACUCACCGAUGGUAUGUGGCAGCUUCACUUAUAUGGUGGUGUGUGCGUGUUGGCUAGUGACUGUUGGUUCGCAUUGUGCACGGAGAACGAGAGAGAGCGAGACCAAGAAGGAACGCGUUUUAACGCUGCAAAUGUUGCAGAUGUGUUGUUUCCGGACAUGAGAUCCCGCGGAAUCAACUUUUGUGUAGUAUGUGGUAAACACGAAAGAUUCCGACUUCAUCAGCAUUUAACGAAGAGACAUCCGGAGUUAGCGAAGGAGACCGAUGAUUUUAAGGUAAGCGCACCGCUUUUGUCGCCUUUUAGUGACGAACCUUUUGGGCGGAGACGUACGAACGGUAGCGGAGCGUUAGGAAGUGGCAGCAGCUACAGCGGCUCUGUCACCGUCCUCCAUCGUGCACAAUCUGUGGUCGAACAAGUGAGCAGAGGGAUUACGGAAGCUAUGAAGAAGGCCUCAGUUGAUGUUAGUAAGGUUCGGCGCCCAGUGACUGCUAGCGAAUACGAAAUCUAUAAGGAACUCAUCGAUCAAAUACGCGCAGGAGGAAUCCCCGUUUACGGACACUACGACCCUCCGGGACCUCAACCGACCGACUCAGUGAUGCACGCCAUUUCGGAUCUCCGGGAAGAGCUUCUCGUUCAUCGCCAGCUAGCCACGACCAGCGCACCCGGUCCAUCCGGACUCGCCUUGCAAGUGAGACCUCCAAUCCCAUCGAAUGUUCCGCCCACGUACAGCGCACCGCUUAUUCCGCGUGCCCAGACCUAUCUAGUUCCGCUUGAUGAAUUAUAUCUUGGUGAGUUCGCUUCAGUAGUUCGAGCAACAGUAAAACAAAAAGAUGAGAAAAAGGAGUGCGGCCCCCAUGCACAUCAGUGGUUUACGGCACCGCCCAAGCUGAACUUGAUGUUUUUGCAUGAAUGGGACGACCACAACCACAACUACACCGAACAACAGUUCACCAUUGUGGGAAAUCGCAGGGGUGAACAAGGGUGGAUGCGCAAUGCGGAGAAGAAAUUGAAGCUGUGGAGGAAGGUGAAGGCCGAUCAACAUAAACUCAUCCAGCUAUUUCGUUUCUACAUCGAAGAAGCUGUGUUGCUGCCGGCCGGAAAUGAUAUGGACGCCAACGACCCAUCGUUGACAACCAGCCAGAACUACGUGUCGUACAUCUGUCGUUUCAUGUUAGUCGCCAUGAGAUCGAGGCAAAGACUUGGCCGACAGAUCAGCAUGGACGACGCGAUAUACUCGUCUGCAAUACUUCUCCACUUUUUCGAGGUGCUGAAGCGGAAUGGCGUGCCGACCACGACGCGGAUGGGAUUUGUGAAGGCGUUAGCGUCGUUCUAUGAGUUCCUCAGAGUGAACAUGGGGUCCGAUAAGGGCCAGGAUAGAUUGCAAGAGUUGAAGCAGGCCUCGCAUCGGGCACGGCACAUCCUAAGCAAGUUGAAGUCGGAAGACAAGAAGUUGCAGUCAUAUCGUGGAGUGUUGCCGUCGAGGAAGCCGCAAAAGCCGGAGGAGCCGUACUGUGUUGCGCGCGCGAUCGUCACGCACACGCGAGUGAUCGAGGAGAUGAAACGUAUCUACGUCGAGUACGAGCGGAGCUUGACGAUCAGCAGUGGCAACUACAACUACUAUACAGGCGCACUCAUGUCCUACAUCGUGCACUGUAACACCGCAAGGAAUGAGUGCGUCUAUAAGAUGCUGUACGGCUCCGUAUUUCCGCCGGCAGACCGUGAGUCGAGCGACACACCACCACGCUCCGGAGUUCAGAAGGCCACGAUACCAAGCGGAGAUGGUGAAAGCGAGGAGUUCUGGGUGGGAGUGUAUCCGAAGGGAAAGAAUGUGGACGCGGUACGCGACCAGACCACGUUCCACGGAAAUUUCUUCGUGCUCGACCAAGUGUCGUUGGAGCUGGUCGCAUUAUACGACGUGUUGCGCGUCGCAGUGGCCGAGCGGAAUGGUCUGCACAAGGAUGAGGUGCAGCAGCCAACAUCGAAGUUCUUUCUGAACUGGUUCGCGAAACCGUUCGGAAAGACGCACACCAUAAAGGUGAUGCAACGCUUCCUGAAGAACACUGGCUGCGGAGACCUGAACAUCUCGUGCAACACGUCGCGGCACCGGACGGCGAAACUGCAAUUCGAACGAUACCUGAAGAGGUCGUAUGAAGAACUGCGCGGUGGAGUGGAUCCUGCAUGCGCAAUUCUCUCAGGUCAUAAAGCAACAACGCAGCUGCAGUACUACAACGACAGCUACGUGAUGGCCUGUGCAUACGCCUACCGCCGCCUCCGGCACUACGCGAACAGGGAGGCGAGGAUGGAGAGCGGACGAAUGCGGCUGAUCGAGUCGAAAGUGCAAAUUGCUAGGUUUCGAGCGAGGGCCGAACGUGAGGAGGAGGAGGUGGCAGUAGAAGGACCGCUGAGCCAGGAAGACGAGAGAGAACGCGGCGACCACGGUUCCUCUACCAGCAACGGUAGUGAAGUUGGUGGUAGUGAAGAUGAACGCCCCAUUACACCAUUGUCAUCAGAGGCGGAAAGCAGCGACUACGAACCGCCAGCGAGAAAACGAGUCAGUACCGUCGCUAGCACUUCGUCGACAUCGCAGCCCCGGCGAUCGCAGCGGCCGAAGAGACCGAGAAUAGAUCCGUACCAAUUUGUGGAGAGCUCUUCUUCGCUUUCAUCACUGUCGAGCGAGUCGCCACCAAGCAGAAGGAGGACGCAAACAAGGUCACAACAGCCACAAUUUACCGAACCGGAAGUUCCCGAGCCGCAAGUUCCCGAGCAGUCGCCCCCAGUACCACCUCUUGUGUCGGAGAGUGGCGAUGACGAUCUAUACGACCUAGACGAGGAGGAGAUGGAGCGUCGACAGAGAUGUGCUGCGGAUGUAGGAGACGAAGGGGAAGGAGAAAGUGACGACGAAAGUGUAACUACUCAGUCAGUAGAAGGAACAACGACUGCUGUGGCGACAGCGGCGACAACCGCCACAACAACGACCACUACACCCACGACCACGACACCCACCACCACGACACCCACUACCGCUACAGUCACGACUGGCGUCAGAUGUCAGACGAGGAAUACGGAGGAAAGUCCCAGGAAUGGAGAGCAACCCUGUGUUGAGGAAACGGCGGCCGCUGACGAAGUGACUCUGCAUCUGCAGCGGCUGAACGACGCCGAGUACACGGGCGGGUUGUCGACAUUCGCCACAGAGUUCGAGCGGCGGGACUUCAUGAGACGCAGGCAAGAACAGCCUGUUCAGGACUUCACGUGGCUUCAAAUCAGAGAGAUUCCCGGCAUUGGUGGAAGGGGAGUUUUCGCCAAAGUCCCGAUACCGAAGGACGCUGUUGUUUGUGACUACCGCGGGCUCGUGUUGGAAGAGAAGGAGGCGAACGCCUUGAUGGAUCGUAUGGGGAAGGAGGAACGCGAACAUGUGGAAGCGUAUUUGGUCCAAUACACAGGUCGCGUGGCAGGGCAUCAUUUCCGUCAUGUGAUCUUUGGCCACCAUCCAACCUACAAAGGUACGGUUGUGAUCGGACGGCUGGUGAACCACACCCGUUUGCAUCCGAACCUCACGCUUCGAGAUCUGACGACGAUGGUGGGCGGAAAGGUACAGUCGAUGAUCUACUUCAAGGCGAUGCGAGACAUUCGGGCCGGCGAACAACUGCUCUGGAACUACGGAAAAGAGUACAAUGUAGGACGGUUGAGAGCGAGCUGUAUCUGCAAUGACUGCGAUCCAGCACUAGUGCAAGAGUCAUCCGCCGAGCUCCGACCAGCCAUCGACAACGCCCGAGCAAUCCCCGUAGUCGAGUCCCAACAGCCGAGCAGAGAUGUCUCAUUGUCGCAGCGGAUGCCACCAGCGCCCGGCACAGUUGCUCGUCGUGCACCGCUUGGCGUCAGCGAAUUGCUGCUGUCGGCCGCGCACAAGGCGAAAGCGACUGGGUUCGUCGUUGACGAAGUGGGAACGGACGCCUUUUCGGCAUACGAACGCAGUCGGCGAGUGGUAUUUGGACCGUCGGAUGAGGUUCGUUUCACUGUGGAUAUUCCGCUGGAAGCUGCGGCCACGAACCUCAGCCGUGCGUUCGCAGCCGCACGCAAGGACGCAUACCAACGCUACAACCCGGCGAUCGUUGUGCUGAAACGGACCGCUCGUGAUCGUCGCCCGACUGUCGUACUGGUCGGUGCUCCACUCGCCCCCAGUUCUGAGCAACGGUACGGCAGUUGUGUCGUGUACGUGGGCUCUGAGGAUCGCGUCUACGCUGUGAGAGAGCAGAAGGAGUCGACAGCCGAACCAGCAAUAGACGAAGAGUUCGUGGCCGGCACACUGUUGCGCUUUCCGGCGGAAAACGAUUGGCCACCCGAAUUGGAGGCGGUGCUGCAGGCCGGAGGAAAGUUGCAGGAUUUGCUGGACGUGCUGCAGAAGUAUAAGAGUCGCUAG